GCGAACAAGAGCCACGUUUUAUUUUCAAAAUGGACAAAAGUGUCACGUCAUUUGUAGAUGAGGCAAAAAAAAGUAGUUUGUUUAUGUACAUUGUUUACUUUAAUGCUGAAAUCAUAACAGUUCAGUGUAUGUUGUAAUCUCAUCCUGACAAAAGUGUCACGUUGUUGGGGUACUAAUUUCACAGUGGCGUCAUCAUCUACCAACAUCCCCCUCCCCAUUCCCCAAAAGACUUAACCCUACUUCCCGAUUCCCAACAUGCAGCGGCCCACGCAUGAAAACUAAAAAUAGGCUCAGCUGCUGGACACACACACACGCACAGACACACAAACUCCAAAGUGGCAGUGAGUGAGUGACCCAGUGACCUAAAGAGAGACGGAGAGAUACACAGAACUCUCUCUCUCUCUCUCUGUCUCUCGCUCGUUCUCUCUCUCCCUCUCUCAUUAGUGUGUGUGUGUGUGUGUGUGUGUGUGGGGGGGGGGGGGGUUAAGGUCAAAAGUCAAGCUAGCAGAUGAUGGUAGCAGGGUGUGUUUGUUUUUGAGUGUGCUUGUUUUUCAGCUUUGGUUUGGACACGGGGUGCCUGGGAGGGGUGUUUUUGAUUUAAUGGCUGUCCUCUCUUUAUCACUUCCUGUUGCAUGUUUGCUACUGUGCGUAUGUGUGUGUUCAUGCGUGUGUUAGGUGUAGGAAUGGUAUUGAAGGCUUUGACCGUGAACAUCUGAUCACUGAGGCUUCACCACUAUGUCGUUGGUGCACUUACAUAAUUAUCUAGUCAUAGCUUUACAACAUGUGAUGGAGAGGCAGCAGAUCAACAGUCUGGAGAGCCUUCUUAAUAGACAGAUUCACCAGGUUGUAUUGUACUAUUGUCUCUGCUUUGAUUUCUACUGAAAGUUUUGUAACAACUUGAACAACCGCUGUAACCGGGUUAAAGCACGUAUCCCACUGAGGAACAAACAUUUUCGAAUGAAGGUAGCAAAACGUGCCUUCACGCCAGGGUUCUUUCACGGUGGCAAAUGUCCACCAAACAGUUGCCUAAUGUUCUGGAACAGUUUUAGUGUUUUUUUCAUGUGCAAAAUUCCCUUGCGAUAAAAACAAAGUACAGGCGAAUGUGAGACAAUCGUUAGAAGGAGAAGAUUUGCGACUUUGAACAAACCCUGAUGAGAACACAGUUAGUCAAAGUGAUAAACGGAGAGUUACCUUCCAAAUUUUCGCCAGAUUCACAACUUUGUAUUGGAUUAUUAGAACUGCCUUGUACUGGUAGUCUUGAUCACCAUUACCUUCUGUAGAACAUCGAGACCCUUAAAUCCUCUAAAACUUAGGUGUCAAACACAAGGCCAGAUACGGACCGACACAUCGUUCCACGUGGCCCGCAAAGACAAAUUGUUUAUCAAUUUCAUGUUUUUUCUCCAAUUUUUAUUACCAUUUUAAAAUAUUUGGACACUUUUUACUCAUCUCUGAUUCCCGUUAUUCAUCAGUUUGUUGUGUAGCUUAUACUGUAUAUAGAAGACGCUGACCGUCAUAAUGGCCCUUUGAAGAAAACAAUGACUACGAUGUGGCCCGUGAUGAAAAUGAGUUGGACACCCCUGCAGUCGAAAACAUUCACAUUGAUACAUUUUGAAAGGCCCAAGUGUCAAACUCCGGUCCUUGAGGAACACUAGGCUGCAUUUUCUAGAUGUUUCCCUCCUUCACCCAAUUCAGAUGAUCAGCUCAUCAGAAGCUUUGCGGGAGCCUGAUAACAAUCACACUUAUUUGAAUGACGUGUGUUGGAGGAGGGAAACAUCUAACACAUGCAGAAGAGUGGCCCUCAAGGACAAGAGUUUGACGCCUGUGUUGCAAGGGAUAACCAGAAUCUCCUUGAUUACCCCAAGAACCUUCUAGACCACAAGAACCAUCACAAUUCCCACAGUAUUAUGUGUAUCAAAAUGUAAAGAAUGCAACAGACACGAAUAUAAAAUGUAAAACGAUGUCACAUCCCAUCUUGCAAACACAUUUCCCACAUUCUAUGUCUCUCCAUGACAGCACUCCGACGGGUUGUCAAGGUGACAGCGGGUCCAGAUCACAAGUUAUUGAUAUUUUGUCAUCUUUGGCACAAAUUGCGACCGUGUAUCACCGUCGAUGGUAGUUGCUUCUCGCAGAGGUGUCCCUAAUCUUUGGACCAUGUUUUGCCGGACCAGUCACCUGAUACAAAUGUCACACAUGCGAAUUUUUCGAACUCGUUGUCAUGGAGACCAAAAGUAAAGGAAGAAGAGGAGGACAAGACACAACUACCUCCUCCUCCGCAGCCCUCUGAAGGGUUUUCUUUGCUGCACCGCCCGCCACCGGCCAGUCCAUUGGAUCGAAUAAAGCGCCUCUAAUCGCUAGCUCUGUCCAGAUAGAAUUAGUAGCACUCUCUCUCUCUCUCUCUCUCUCUCUCUCUCUCUCUCUCUCUCUCUCUCUCUCUCUCUCUCUCUCUCUCUCUCUCUCUCUCUCUCUCGCUCUCUCGCUCUCUCGCUCUCUCGCUCUCUCGCUCUCUCGCUCUCUCUCUCUCUCGCUCUCUGCGGGUUGCGCGCGCGCGGAGCCGAACGAGGAGCCGGUUUCUCCGUCUUCUCCUUUUGCCCUUUUUUUCUUCUUUUUUCUUUCUCUUUUUUCUUAUUCUUCUCCGUGCAUGUGGACCGGGUGAGCCGCGGUCUGCCAUCGUCAACAUUGUCGUUCAUGAGCGGCCUGGUGCUGUGUUGUGCGAUGUACAUGGACAGAAGCAGCCUAAGCAGAGGUCCCCCGUCCUCCUUGAGUCCUAGCUUGCUGGCAAAGAGUCUCUCUCUGGAGCCUCCGUGUGGCACACAGCAGCCCACCUCCUCCUCCUCAAGUCCCGUCGGACUCCAGGAGGAGGAGGUAAACGAUACGGGACCACCGCAGCUAAAUAAGAGCCGGCCUCCUCUGCUAGGACCAAAGCCUCAAGUCCCCCCCAAGCCGCCCCAUUUGCAGCAACAAGUGGGAGCAUUGAGGACCCGACCUCGGGCUCCAGACAAACCGCUGCCGCCUCCGCCACCCUGCAAGCCGCCCCGUCCCGAGGACCAUGCUUCACCCACCUGCGUCCUGUCACUUAUCGAGAAGUUUGAGCGCGAGCAGAUCAUAAUGGUUCCUGACAUCACCGGAGGGUCCCUCUGUCCCCGCCUUCUCGACAACCCCUUAUCUCGACCUUCAUCUCCAUCGUCAUCGUCAGCUACUGCCAUCCCCAAGGAGGAGGAGGAGGGGGGUCUUCCUGAACUCAAAUGUCACGAUGACGUUGCACGGGAAAGGGAGGAGCCGGAGGGGCCAGAGGAGCCGGCGUCUGCGGAGAUGAACGAGCGCCGACCGUCUGACCAAUCCGGUCUGCCGCCCGAGCGUUUGUCCCUUCCGUCCUCGCAGACGGAGGGGAAGCUGGCCAAUCGUGACAGCGGCAUCGACAGCAUCAGCUCACCGUCACACAGCGAGGAACUCUGCUUUGUGGGUGUGGACGACGCUGGCGGCAUUGGUGGGGUUUACUCCUGUGGCCUCCCCCGACCCUCCAGCUCGUCCUCAUACGCCGGCGAGGAGGGCGAGGCGAGGGGUGUAGCCAGGAGGAGGGACUUCUCAGAGGAUGCAGACAGCGACCUCGAGGAGGAGGAGGAGGAGUUGUCUGAGCUUACCUUAGUGCUUUCAGCCCCCAGACAAGACUUGGCUGAGCUGUCCGUCCAGCAAAGGGUGUUCAAUAUUGCCAAUGAGCUCCUUCACACAGAGAUCUCCUACGUGUCCAAACUCCACUUACUGGAUCAGGUCUUCUGUGCCCGACUUCUGGAAGAAGCACGGUCCCGUUCUUCUUUCCCAUGUGACGUCAUUCACGGAAUCUUCUCCAACAUCUGCUCCAUCCACUGCUUCCACCAACAGUUCCUCUUGCCGGCCCUGCAGAAGCGCAUGGAGGAGUGGGACUCAAACCCACGCAUCGGAGACAUCUUGCAGAAGCUUGCACCCUUCCUGAAGAUGUACGGCGAGUAUGUGAAGAACUUUGAUCACGCCAUGGAGCUCGUCAAUACGUGGAUGGAGAGGUCGGCUCUGUUCAAGAGCAUCAUACAUGACAUCCAGAGAGACGAGCGCUGUGCUAACCUGACGCUCCAACAUCACAUGUUGGAGCCAGUCCAAAGGAUUCCUCGAUAUGAACUCCUGCUCAAAGAUUAUCUGCACCGUCUACCGGAGGACGCGCCGGACUACAAGGAUGCUCAGAAGUCUCUUGAGCUCAUUGCUACAGCAGCUGAACAUUCCAACGCUGCCAUCAAGAAAAUGGAGCGAAUGAGAAAGCUGCUGAAAGUGUACGAACUUCUGGGCGGCGAAGAGGACAUUGUGAACCCGACCAAUGAGCUCAUCAAGGAGGGACACAUUCUCAAACUGUCCAACAAGAAUGGCACGUCGCAGGAUCGAUACCUCAUCCUGUUCAACGACAGGCUGCUCUACUGCGUUCCCAAGCUGCGUCUUAUUGGUCAGAAAUACGGUGUCCGAGCUCGCAUAGAUGUGGACGGCAUGGAGCUGAAGGAGAUGAGCAGCGCUGCAGUUCCUCGGACCUUCUUGGUGUCUGGCAAGCAGCGUUCUCUUGAGCUGCAGGCCAGGACAGAAGAUGAGAAGAAAGACUGGAUCCAGGCCAUCCAGGCCACCAUCCAGAGACACGAACACACCAUGGAGACAUUUCGCCACCUGACUUGUUCGCUACGAGAUGAAGAGUCAACACCUCCUCACUCCCCGAGCUGCGCCGAACUUGGCAAGCGUGCGCCGACGCCCAUCCGUGAGAAGGAAGUGACAUUGUGCAUGAAAUGCCAGGAGGCAUUCAACGCUCUUACUAGGCGGCGCCACCACUGCAAAGCCUGCGGUCAUGUGGUUUGCGGGAAAUGCUCAGAGUUCCGUGCCCGCCUCUCGUAUGACAACAACCGCACUAAUCGUGUGUGUGUGGACUGCUAUGCUAUGUUAGUGGGGAUGUCCCCCCCGCCGUCUGUCGUGGCCGGCAGCAGCCAGAGGAGGCGCUCCAUCCUGGAGAAACAAGCCUCCCUGGCGGCCGAGAACAGCGUCAUGUGCAGCUUCCUUCAUCACAUGGAGAAAGGAGGCGGGCGAGGCUGGCAGAAAGCCUGGUUUGUCAUCCCUGAAAACGAACCCCUGGUCCUCUAUAUCUACGGAGCACCUCAGGAUGUAAAGGCGCAGCGCAGCGUUCCUCUGAUUGGCUUUGACGUUUCGCUCCCGGAGUCAUGCGACCGCCUGGAGCGUCGGCACACCUUUAAGAUUUCCCAGAGUCACCUGACGCUCUACUUCAGCGCAGACGGCGAGGAGCUCCAGCGUCGAUGGAUGGAUGUGUUGUCCAGGGCCGGCAAAGGGGAGGAGCCUCAGCCUCACCACCCAAUCGUAGAGAGCGUGGAGGAAGAGGGGGAGGAGCCGGAGGGCACAGAGGGCGACAACACGUGAUUUGUUUGGAUGAGAGGUGACGCAGGGGAGUGGGGCCAACCGUUGGAGUUUAUUUCAUCUGGACACAAAAUGGGACAUUACCCAUGAGCCUCUGCACAGCUGCAGUGUCACAUGCUGUCCGAAAGCACAAUCCUCUUUCUCCUGAUGCUACCAUCUUGUCUUGAUGAUUUUAUCCACUUCCUAUAAUUCUCUGAAAAUGUGAUGCUGUCACACCGCGAGUGGAAGAACCCCAGCGCAGUAGCAACGUGUCAGGGAUGCCCUGAUGGGACACACUUGGACGCAAUUGCUAAUUAUGACUUCAAAAUGAUCAUAUCCCAUUUUAAUUUCAGCUUUUAAUUAUGUUAUUUCAUUAUGUUUGGGUUUUAAUUAAAGAUUUAUUGGAAAAAAAUACAAGACAAAACAAGGUGGAGGAGAUGCAAAGGAGAAACCAUGAAUUAGACUGAGCCCGUUUGACAUAUGCCAGUCACGCCUUCUUCUUCAUCUUCUUCCCGUCAUUCGGAUGACUCGCUGUUGAAUGUUGUACGUGUGUGUGUUUUGUUUGCUUGAUGCCAAAUGUUGAACCUUUGUAAAUAUAAUUUAUUCACCUGCAGUCACAUGACUGUCAGCAGAAGGGAAGAAGCCGUUGGCAGCGAGUCUAGGGUAGCAACUGCUUAACUUCCUGAGAGGGAGCAGGCUCUUUUUGCUAAGAUAGACCAAUUUUAUUCUGGAACUUUAAUGACAUUUGCUCAUUAAGAUCACUGCAUUUUGUGGAUGAGACAGUUUCUUUGUAUAUUUUCUAUUUGGUUUUCACCAUGGAUUUUUACCAUGUUUUUUUGGGCUAAGUCAAGCAUAGCAAUUGACUUAGCUUAUUUUUUUGUCAGAGUAGGCUUGCUCUUUGUGGUAAACUAGGCUAAUCUUAGAUGCCAUUUUUGUUCAUAAAGAUCACAAUGUUUGUGUGAAAAUCAAUUAUUUGGGAGGAGGGGGACUUCACGCCAUGUAUUUAGCACAAAGUCUAGCGCAGCAACUGACUAGCUUCCCGGAAGGAAGCAGGCCCUUUGUUCUAAGAUAGGCUAAUCAUAUUCUGGAGCUUUGAUGGUGUGAGAACAUCUUUGUAUGAAAGUAUUUUUGUUUGUUGUUUUCACCACUUAACUUUCAGGGCACAUUUUUAGCAUGUUGUUUUCAGUUCCGAGCCUAGCAUAGCAAUUAACUCGCUUUCUUGGAGGGUGAGCUUGCGCUUUUGUGCUAAACUAGGCUAAUCUUGUUCUGGAACUAUAUUCGCAUUUUGUUUAUUCCAUAUAUUGUGUUUUUUUUCUGUUUGUUUCAAACUUGUAUUUAACUUCAUGUUUUUAGUGCCUAGCAUAGGAUCAGUCUACUUGGGAGGAAGCGGCUUUUCAGGCUAUGAUUAGCUAUACUUAUUUCGCAACUUUGAUGAUGUUUGUUCGUUAGCUCACCAUGUUUGUCUUUUUUUUUUUUGGUGUGUUUCCACUUCAGCUCUUACUGCGCAUUUUUAGCGUGUUGGUUUUAGCAUGUGCUGCUCCUCUUCCCUCUGUGAUGUUGAAAGGAAAUGGCCUUAUGAUUGACUUCAUUUUUAUGUACUCUGAAGCUUCUGACUUUGUGUCUUUGUGCUUUAAAGUAGUCGACAUGGUGCUGAAUGCUAGAUGACGUCUCUAGUGCUGGACGAUGACAAAUACUUCUCUUUUGUGAGCUAGCAGGCAAGCUAGGCUGGGAUCCUUCCAGUCACUUGACUCCUUUUGACAGGAGAGAGUGGUGCAGAUGUUUACAUGUGGUCACAAGGUGGCGCUGUGAGUUCUGAGUGAACUUGUGCCAAAUGCAGUGUUCUAUUGUAAUAAUGUUAUUAUCGUUGUUGGGCUUUUUGCCUCUCGUGAGUGUGUUUCUCUUUUUACAAUUCACUCAUACAUUAUUGUGGACUGUAAAUGGCUGCUGUUACCCUGGAGACAACACAUCUUCAAAUCUAAGACACAUUAAUGGACUUCCUGUUACAGUUUAUCUUUAAAAAUAGAGAGAAAAAGAAAAAAUCUCGUCAUAGUAUCCUCUGAAUUAUCGGGAGCCUUGUGUUGCUAUGGCAACUGCCAGGCUCCAGAGCUUAACCUUAGGUGUCGCCUUCGUAACCGCUAACAUCUCCACGUUAUGAUGUCUUGUUGCUAUGGUGAGUACUAAAUUCCAGUGCUGCUAGGUUGCUGUGGCAACAGCAGCAGCAACAGAUUAUUGACGAUUGAUGAGCGAUAAUUGGUUAGUGGCCGGCCACUGCCUUUCUUGAACCUUUUGUGACACCUUGCCUUGUGAAUGACAUCACGUGUUGAAGAUAUUAAAAUAAAGCAUUAAUAAAGGUU